AUGGCCCUGGUCAUUCCCGGCCUUCAGGCCACACACUUGAGCCUGGAGCUGGUUAAGAAGGGAAACAGCUCCCAGGGAAGACCCAUAGACAGGAGGCUGGUUUACGCAAAGACCCUGAGACAGGCUGAUAUCACCAGCUUUGGGGAACAUCAUUUAAAGCCCCCUUUUCCCACAGGGGCCUCAGCUCCAGAGUCUCCCGGAUGCUACAACCUAAAGGAUGCUAUCCCCGCCUGCAUGAACGGAUCCCCAAAUAUUGUUCAGAAGCUCCAGGGGCCAAGUGCACCACCAGGGCUGGAAGAGGCCCUAAGUGCCCUGGGCUUGGAGGGGGAACGUGCUUACGCCCAGGACAUCUUUGAGGAAAUCAUGGUAUGCCGCGUGCUGCCCCGGAAGGCCCUGCCACGCACCGUGACCCCGGAGAUGCGCGCGCUGGUGGUGGACUGGCUGGUUCAGGUGCAUGAGUACCUGGACCUGGCGGGGGAUACACUCUACCUGGCUGUGCACCUGCUGGAUUCCUACCUGUGUGCCUACCGAGUGCGCCUCCGCCGCCUGCAGCUGCUGGGGGUGACCUGCUUGUUCGUGGCGUGCAAGAUGGAAGAGUGCGUGCUGCCUGAGUCCACUUCUCUCUGCCUCCUGGGCGCUGGCUCGUUUUCCCGAGCUGAUCUUCUUCGUGCUGAGCGUCGCAUCCUGAGCCGCCUGGAUUUUCGGCUGCACCAUCCUGGCCCACUCCUCUGCUUGAGGCUGCAGACAGCACUUGCGGGGAGCAGCCCUGAGGUGCUGCUACUUGCUACCUACUUUUUGGAGCUAUCUCUGCUGGAGGCCGAGGCCACGGGGUGGGAGCCUGGUCGCUGUGCGGCUGCAGCGUUGAGCCUGGCGUACCGUGUGCUUGGUGAGGUGGGCUCUGAACCGAAGCUGGCACUUUACAGCGCAGCCGAACUGGGCCCAUUGGAGCCGUGCAUGGCCCGCGCGGCGCUCCGAGGGCCCGCGCCUGGCCGCGCCGCCAUCUUCCUCAAGUACGCGCGGCCCCAGCGCCAGGCCGUCAGCCUGACCGCCGCCCGCCUGCUCCGCCAUCACCCGCCGGGGCCGCAGCCCUGA